AUGCCACAGCUGACAUGGAUCCAACGAGUUUCCAACCCCCUCAUUCUCGUGGCGGAAGAGAACAAGGAUCUUGAUGAAUUCACUCAGCUGGCGAAGAAGCUCUUCAAAACACUCAAGCCGAACUCGCCUCCACGCCAGAUCAUCGAAGCCGGCAAAUACUACUUCUUGUAUGAGAUUGAGAACGACGUGUGCUACUUGACGCUGUGCGACUCCUCGUACCCUAAGAAGCUGGCACACGCUUUCAUUGACGAGAUCAAGAAGGAGUUCGACAUCCAGUACGGGGCUGAGGUGCGCAGUGCCACACGACCCUACGCCUUCAUCAAGUUUGACACAUUCAUCCAAAAGACGAAGAAGCUCUACUUGGACACGAAGUCUGAGCGUAAUCUGGACCGAGUGGCCAAGGAGCUCACCGAGGUGCAUCAAGUCAUGACGCGCAACAUUCAGGAAAUCCUCUCUCGCGGACAGAAGAUCGACACCGUGACGCGCAAGUCAGAGCAGUUGGUGUUCGAAUCGCGACUCUACGAGAAGCGCUCCCAGUGGCUCAACACCAAGCUCUUCUGGCGGAAGUGGGCUCCAGCCAUCAUUGUCGCUGUCAUCCUGCUCCUGGUGGUGUACCUCAGAUUCUUUUGGUUUUACUGA